CUGUCUUUGUUCCUUCAAAACUAAGCAAAAACCCCGAGCCCUUUCAUUCACAUUGCAAAAACGCGUUUCAAACCCCGCCGUAUUUGUCCUCUGUUCCUUGCAUUUCCGCCUCGAUCUCGCCGGGAAACGCCGCCCUCCGUCGCCGCCCGACCGCCCCAUGUCUUCCUGGAAGCAAUGUCUGUGCUGAUCGACUUCCAGCUGCGUAUGACCUCUCCGUUGUCCUACUCCCCGUCCCUGCAAAACCCUAAGCUUGAACCCCACCCGUCGUCUUUUUUCCGUUCGAUUAGCAUUUCUGAAAAAAUGAGCUCGCCUGCUGCUGAAUUUGCGAGGGACUGCGGUGCCGAGGGCGUUUAUUCUUCGCCGGCAGUGCCGCGAUCGGGGAAUGAGAAGUUGAGUGUGUCAGGGGCUCCGGGAAGGUCAAGGCCGAGGUUUGUGAAGAUGAGGAGACAUUUCGGUUCUCAACAACGGAGGCCAGGGUCUGUGCCGAAAAAAAUUGGUCCGGGAUUCAACCCGUUUUGUUCAAUGUCUGAGAGUUCCGAUCGAGUUGUCGAUAACGGUGGUGUCUCAAAUGAAUUCAGAAAUUUAAGCGGUGAGAUUAAUUCUGUGAAGUUUGGGGAUAUGAGUUUUGUGUUCGGUGCUAAUCGGAGUGAUUCAGCGGCGAGUUUAGGUUCGUACAAGAUAGAAUCAUGUGAACACGCGAGAAAAUCAGUUUCUGUGGGUAGGGGGUAUAUGAAAGUAGAUUCUGGGAAUGCGGCAGUGAAAUUGAAUGCAGGAAAUGGAGAAUUCAAUGAAAGCGUGGGAAAUUUGCGGUCAAAUGAUCGGCAGAAUAUCAAAUCAGAGGGUGUAGUAGAGCUUGGGAAUUUUGGUAAUGUUUGUUUUGCAUUUGGCGUCGACGGGAGUGGUUUGUCUUUGAAAUCAAAAAAAGAAAAGAGAGAAUUUGGUGAAACUGUGGGAACAUCAGGUUCUGGUGAUAGGUUGAAUGUGAAAUUUGAGAGCGGGGCAGAGUCCGGGGAGGUUGAUAAGGUGGGGUGUGUGUUUGACUCUAGUCAGAUUGUUUAUGCUUCAAAUUCCAAUUUGGAGAACAGAGAAUCUGGCAACAAUGUAGGAAAUUUAGUUUCUGAAGAUAGCGGAGCGGAGAAAGAAAAUAUUGGAAAUUUAGCUUCUGAUAAUGGGAGUGAGAUAAAAGUAAACUGUGAAGCAGCUAAUGGGAAGUAUGGUAAUGCGGGUUUUGUUUUUGGUGCCGGCCAGAAUAAUUCAGUGCGAAAUUCAAAAAUGGAAAGGAGAAAAUCAGCUAAAAAUGUGGGGAAGUACAUUUCUGGUGAUAGGGUAAAGAUGAAACUUGGCAUUGAUGUGGAGUUUGGGAAGUAUGAUUCUGUGGGCUUUGUGUUUGGUGCUGAUCAUAGUGACUUGGUUUCAAAUUCAAAUCUGGAAAAGAAAGAGUGUUGUGAACAGACGGGAUCAUUUGUUUCUGCUGAUAAGAGGAAGGUGAAGAUUCAGGGUAAAACAUAUUUUGAGACAGUACAGGUGGCUGCUGUUGAUUAUAAUGCUGCUGCAAAUGGGAGUUUGCAUUUGGAUGGGAGUGAUGAAAGUUCCAGUUUUACUGGGAAUAAGGCACAUAUGCUUCCUGGUGGGACAGACAUGAACUGUGAAAAUUUUGGAAAGUGCGAUGGCAACACAAAGGCUCAAAACAGUAAUUUGGGUUCAAAUGUCAAUGACAAGUACACUUCUGUUUUUGGCAGUAAUAGUGGUAGUGAUAGUAGCAGUUGUAGAAUGGCUAGUGCUUCUGGCAUUAACUCAGUAUUUAAACUUUCAGAUGAAAUGAAGAAAUUGAACAUAGAUAGUUUUGUUAAUGUUGAUGGUCCUGACAAGUGCAAGGGCUCUAAAUUAAGCCCAUGCUCCCAGGCUGAUGAUACAUUUGUAUCUAGAAGUAUCAGUGCUUCUGGUUCUUCUACUGUUUGCUCAGCUGCUUCUAACAGUCAUCUAAAAAAUUCACCUUCAGAAGUUCCUGGAAGUGGUAAUGCUUUUGAGAAAACUAAUCAGUUCAAUCUAAAAACCAGUGACAACAAAAAUUUUAAAUCAGAAAGUAGUAAAAUCAAUUUUAUGUUUUUUUAUGGAGGCACGGAAAAUAUGGUGCCUAAUGAAACUAGGAGUGGGUUGGGUUGUUCUUCUGAAUUUUUUGGAAAGGAGGGGCAGCCAAUAAAGUUAAAUGAUGAGAGAUUUGAUCAUCCUGCUACUGGUUGUUCUCCACCAGCUUUUACUUAUCAGGCAGGACUGGCUAAGUUUUCUGAUGCGGGGCAGUAUCCAGAAGGUCAGGUAAAUGAUGGUGCUGAUUUAAAUGGAGAUGCCAAACCAUCUUCGUUCUCGUCUAUCCAUGUAAGCUUUUUGCCAAAGGAUAGUGCUUUUGAGGCACCUACAGUGGGUGGAUUUGAAAGCAAGGAUAGAGGUAGUUUUACCAGUGUGCCAAAUGGAGUGGGUUCACCUUGUACAAAUGUUAAAACAUUGAAGUCAGAUGCAUCUUUUUCUUUUACCACAAAUUUCUUUCCUGGGUUAAAUAAAAAAUCGGAAUUCAGUUCAAAGAAUGGAUCAGCUAAGAACAGAAGGUUAAAGAAAGAGAAGGGAAAGUUGAGGCAGCAUACCCCGGCUAAACAGUGUUGUGGGAAUGAUUUCAUGGCACAGGAAAACCUAAACUCCCCUGGAUGUUAUUCUCCCAUGGAUUUUUCUCCCUAUCAAGAAACUGCGGCAGCUGAGCAAUGCUCAAGAGAAACUUCUUCAGCAUUGAAUGAGUGCUUCCACGGAGGCAAUAACUCUGCACCCACAACUGCAUAUUCAACAUUAUCAACUGAUGCUACUGAUGAAAAACUGACAGCUACAAGAGAAAGGCUUGCCACCAAUGAAGGUGGUCAGAUAGGCAUAGAGAAGAAUGAGGGAAUUUCUCAGGAUCAUGAAAAUCAUUUUUGUGAUGAGUGUCUUAUGGAAGAGUUUGUUCCUAAAGCUGAAACUCCAUGCCAGGAGUCCAAAACAGAGCAGGCUUGCAUGGGUGGUGGCACUGGUAUUGCUUCCGCAGAAGCUGGAGCUGGUUUCGGUUUGAAGACAGAGAAGCAAGAGAGCAGUUGCAGGGGACAGUUUGGUGUUUCUUCAAGUUCUGAAGACAUGAGAGAGAGGAAAUUUACCUUCUCUGCAUCAUCACCUGCGCCAGGGUGUCUAUCAGCUGCAAAACAUCAAUAUAGAAAGAAAAAUAGGUUGAAGGGCAGUUGUGACUCAAGUAGUAGUAAUUCAAGUACAAAGUUUAAGUUUGCUUCUUCCAUCCAAUUUUCGGCCCCUAAUAUUACCACUUCAAAUUCAGACUCGAUGCAGGGUCAAAAAGGAAAUUCCUCCAUUUUCCAUGGCAAAGCGCCAGCUAAAUCCAAAGCAGAUGAAUUACAAGUCAAGCUACAGUCUAUCUUCUGCUCGACAAUGGAGGAAGCCUGGGAAAAGUGGCGACUCAGGGGAAACCAAGCUUAUAAAGAUGGAAAUCUUUCUAAAGCUGAGGAUUGUUACACAAAGGGGAUAAAUUCUGCCUCUCCAGGUGAGACGUUGGGGUGCUGCCUUGAGCCUCUUGUCCUGUGCUACAGCAACCGUGCAGCGACACGAAUGUCUCUUGGAAGGAUAAGGGAAGCUCUGGGUGACUGUAUGAUGGCUGUUAAACUGGAUCCUAACUUUCUCAAAGCUCAAUAUAGAGCAGCAAAUUGUCAUCUUAUGCUGGGGGAAGUUGAUAACGCGCUUCAAUAUUAUAGCAAGUGUGUGGAAUCAGUGAGUGGUUUGUGCUUGGAUCGAAGAAUCAUAAUUGAAGCUUUUGAUGGCAUACAAAAGGCUCAGAAAGUGGAUGAGCAUGUGAAAGAAUCUGCUGAACUUUUGCAAAAAAGAACAUCUGAUGCGGCAGUUUGUGCAUUAAGAAUAAUUGCUGAGGCCUGCUCGAUAUGCCCAUACUCGGAAAGAUUACUUGAAAUGAAAGCGGAGGCUCUUUGCAGGCUGCGGAAAUAUGAAGAGGUGAUUCAUCUGUGUGAGCAGACUAUCGAUUUUGCCAAAAAAAAUUUUGCCUCUGCAGGCAUUGAUAACCAUUCUGCUAAUAUGGAAGUUCUUGAAUCCAAAAGCAGCUCAUUUUUAAGUCUAUGGAGGUUGUGUUUGAUGUCCAAGUCCUACUUUUAUUUGGGAAAGCUUGAGAUGGCUCUUAAGCAGCAAGAACAAGCGAGAUCUAUCAUGGAUGAAUUUGGGAACAAGAAAUUGGGAUCAUCAGCCCCAUUAGCUGCCACUAUACGUGAAUUGUUACGUCAUAAGAAUGCAGGGAAUGAAGCUUUUCUGUCAGGAAAGUAUACUGAAGCAGUAGAGCAUUAUACUGCUGCUUUAUCGAUGAAUGUCGAAUCACGACCUUUUGCAGCAGUCUGUUUUUGCAAUCGUGCUGCUGCGCACCAAGCUUUGGGCCAAUUUGCUGAUGCCAUUGCUGAUUGUAGUGUAGCCAUGGCUCUUGAUGGAACUUAUCAAAAGGCAAUUUCUAGAAGAGCCACCUUGCAUGAGAUGAUUAGAGAUUAUGGACAAGCAGCCACUGACCUCCGGAGAUUUCUAUCUGCUCUUGAAAAUCAGUCACAUGGCACACCAGAUAGAAGGUCCAGAGGUGUAAGAGAAAUCCAACAGGCUCAGAUCCAUCUGUCCUCAAUCGAAGAAGAAGCUAAAAAGGGAAUCCCUUUGGAUCUUUACCUCAUUUUGGGAAUCAAAGCAUCAGAUGCAGCAUCUGAAAUCAAGAAGGCAUAUCGGAAAGCAGCUCUCAGACAUCAUCCAGACAAGGCGGGUCAAUUCUUAACCCGAAGUGGGAGUGGAGAUGAUGGGCAACUCUGGAAGGAAAUUGUUGACGAGGUUCACAGGGAUGCUGACAGGCUUUUUAAAAUGAUUGGGGAGGCAUAUGCAGUACUUUCUGAUCCCACCAAGCGGUCCGAAUAUGAAGAAAAAAUUAGGAAAAUACCAAAAGAAAGAAACGGAAGCAGUGCUUCUACUAGACCUUCAGGUACUCAUAGCUAUCCAUUCGAGACCAGUCCAAACAGGAGAAAGUGGCGCGGGACACCUAGGGCAUAUGGGCACCAACAUUCGCAAUGGUAAGAUGAAUCUGGGCCAAACAGUUAACCAUUCGUUAUACUUGGGCUGCUUAGCAGAACUAAGAGUUUGCCAGAUCAGCCUAUGGACAGCUCAAGACCCAUGAUGGGUUGUGGAUCCAAGAGAUUCUGUGCACUUAUAUGGCCAAGUUGUAAAUGGUUGGCGCCUAGGCCUGUUUUAUGGAUGCGCUAUACUUCUGUUUGAGGACAGCUCCGUGUUGCACAGUGGAUUUUGAACUUUCACAACCGAUAAUUUAGAUGGCUGAGAGGUUUUGUGCAGCGGCAACCUUAAUAUGCAUAGGAAUGUAUCUACAUAGAACAACAGAGAAUGGGUUCAUCUAUCUACAGUUUUGCCAGUGCCAGUGAUGGAAGAGUAAAAAUGGUUCUUGUGUUCUCUUUACUUACUUAUUUUUUGUGGGGGGUGGGGGGGAGAGUGUUGGGGUGAAUGUUCAAUAUGAGACAAUAUUUUUGAUUUGUUUGUGGAUUGUAUUUAAGAGAAGAUGCAUUCUUGAAUCUCACAGCUUUGCAGCUGUUUGCAUCCUGAGUCAAUGAAGUAAGUUUGUGUAGUUUAGACAUUUUGCAGAACACGUGAUGAUAAUAAAAAUAAUGAAUAAAGAACUGAUUGCUGGU